AUGAAAGAACUUAUUGACAAAGUAAACUUUCAAAAUUUGGAAGAGAAUUAUAACGCUAAGAAAAUAUAUGUAACUAAGAAAAUACCUUUUAAUGCUAUACUGAAUAAAAAAAAACAGGAACAAGAUAAAAAAGAAGACAAUAAAUUAUUUAAAGCUGUUAAAACCUAUUACAUUACUAAGUUAAAAAGAAAAACAUUUUUUAUAAUAUUAAAUGAAUACUAUAAAUCACAAAGUAUAUUGUAUUUUUUUAAAUUAAAAGAUAUAGAUCGAAAGAGAAAAUGGGUUUUCUAUUCGCUUUUAAAAAAUAAAUUGCAGGGCAAAAUAAAAAGAUGUGUUAUGAACUCUUUAAAUAGUUUUACUGAUGCAACAACAAGAUUUUAUAUAAAAUUAAAAUAUUUUAAUAUUCUUAAAAAGAACUUUUUAAAUACCAAAGGGAUUUAUUUAAAAAUAAAAAAGAAGAGAAUAAACAGUGUUAUUAUUAACAUAUUUUACAAAUGGCUUGAUUUAUCUCUAAAAUGUUUACAUAUGAAAUAUAAAAAGGCAAAAGAUUAUUAUAUUUUAAGAAAAAAGAGAAGGAUUUUUAAUUUAUGGAAGAGAAUGAUAAAUGACAAAAAAUUUUUUAAAAAAAUUGAUAUAAUUUUUUUCAAAUUGGAAGAAAUUGCCUACUCUUGGGAACAAAAAUAA